AUGACACAAAACAUAAUAACAGAUAUUGAUUAUGGGAUUGCAAUUGAUACCAAUGCUAUUAUAAGGUAUAUCGAUCAGCAUUCUAAUAGAGAACCUUUCAUUAUUGUUUUAUUUUUUGGACAAUCGGUGGGAAAAUCAACAUUAAUUCAAGAAAUAUCAGGUGUCCAGCAGGAAAUCGGUAAUAUUUAUCAUCAAAGAACAACUGGCGAGAUCAUUACCUACGGUGGACAUAUUUCUGAUAUUUAUCAUAGAUUAAAUUAUCUCAAUAAUGAAAAUAUAGAUGAUGAUUUACAUGUUUACUUCAUAGAAGCAGAAGCAAUUAAUUCAUCAUGCCCAAAUGAAAUUAUUGUCGAAUUUCUUUUACCAUUCUGCUCACUUUGCACUAAAUUUGUUAAUUGCAUUGAUAAAAAUCCAAUAAGCGGAAAUGCACAAAUUAUAUCAUUGAUCAAUAAGCACCUUAUCAGUAGAUAUAACAAUAGGGAAGAAAACCAAUUCUUUUUAAGGAAAUUGAUAACAUUUGUUAGGGAUAUUCCUGAAACUGAGGAUGAUAUCAUGACAUAUAACGAUUUAUUGCAAACAAUAUUCCGGAGAUUUGCAAAUAGUGAUAUUGUUCACGAGUUUAGGGACCAGGGAAUAGUCCCAGAUGUUUCAUUUGGCGGAAAGUUCAAUCAAAGACAUUCUAACAAAUUUUUGGUUCCUUUUGUCCAGAAACUUUUCACUAACAUUGACAGGAAUUUAAUUUUUGAAUCCACAGAAGAUUUUGCUGCACAUAUUCAAGCAUUAAAUUAUCAAGGAAAUUUCUAUAUAAAAUUUGUAAACCCUAUUGGAACGUGCGAUAUAUUAGAACGAGAAGUAAAUCAAAUUUUAAAUGAGUUCAAGGAAUUGGUGAAUCAACAAAACAUUGGAGAAGAACAAUUCAUUGUAAUAAAGAAUCAAAAAAUGCAGAGGUUUGAUAGAGUACAAAAUGAAAAUCAUAUUCAUUCACUGAAAGCUCGAACCUCAAGAACAAAACUUGAUAUUGAGAUGGAUAAAAUUUUUCAUGAAAAAAUUCUUAAAAUCGAAUUGAUUAAUUCUAUUUUACAACAAAUUGCAAAUAGCAAAUUCUAUGUUAAUUUAUCUGCACAAGUUCAGAGAGAGAUGCAAAAUGCAGCAGAUUAUAUUUUUGAUACCAUUAAAUCAAGAACCGAUUCGAUUUCGAAUUAUCAACAAUUAUUGAAUCAAUAUGUUGAAAACCGUAGAAAUCAUUGUCUACAGUUAAUUAAUGAGAUCGGAGAUGAAGAAAAGAUAAAAAUACAAAAUGAUAUUAAUUCAGUAUUUGACUAUUUGCUGACAUAUCAUUCAUAUGCAAAUAUCAGACAGAAUUGGAUUUUUUCAUCUAUUGCCAGAUAUUUUCAUGAUGCACCAGAUCCAAAUCCAAGCAUAAGAAAAGUUCAAAUCAGGAAAAUUAGAUGUAUUGAGCAUACUUAUCUUAAGAGAUUGCAAUCAAUACAUGUUGGGAACAGAGAUUAUUUACUUCUUCUUAGAAAUAUUCCAAAUGAAAGGAAAUAUUUUGAUAUCAUUGCUUCUUUACAAAGAAUCAAUAUCUCCGAAACAGUGAUUAAGUCUAUUAUUAAUUCUCCAAAUCCUUAUCAGCUCAUUCAUUCUGAUAUAUUUAGAUUUAUUUGCUUGUAA